AUGGAGGCUAUUGGUGUUACUUUGUCAGUGUUACCUAUAUUCAGUGUCUGUCUCGAAUACUUUCAGUAUUUUAAGACCGCCCAGUCCUUCUCGUUCGACUCUAAGAUUCUGUUGUGGAAACUGGAUUUCGAGCAUGAAAGAUUUAUUAUCUGGGGAGAGAAGCAUGGAUGUUCUUUCGGCGAAAAAGACUCCCAGUCUAGCGGCCCAGAUAACAAGAAACGUUUACUAGUUGAGAAUGCGUUGACGUUGAUCGCGGAGUUGUUUAAGAAUACACGGUACUGCACGAUAAAUAUGGACACUGCAGCUUUGAAGCGGUUUAAAACUCGUUUCAAGAAUAGAGAUACUCUCACCAAUGGCACAGAUCUUGUCCCUAGUCAACCUGGUGCGGCGGCGAAAAUUAGAUGGGCAGUAUAUGAUAAGAAUAAGUUCGAGGUCUUGAUAAAGGAUAUCAGAGAUCUCGUUACUGGGCUGUACGAGAUCCUUCCGGUUCCCAAUAAGGAACGUGAUCGACUCGUCCUUGACGAUAUGAGAUCGCUUUUACCAGAUACGGAACAACUCAAGCAGGUUGAAAUAGCAAGCGAAGACUUAUAUGUUGCUUGGUCUGAAGCUGCAAGUAUAAUGAUACUAGCAUCAGAAGCUGGCAGUGUAUCAGCUGCAGCUGUUCCAGUUAUGGAUCAUCCUCAAUCCCAGGCAUUUGUCCGCCAAGAAAGUGGGGAACGAGAGCAAUUCGCUGAGCUUAAUAAGCAACUGGGCUCUGUAGCACAUACGAAGUUCUGUAUGACGCUUACACCGCAAUGCCUUUCAGCAUCCACAGCUGUGCCGUGUACACCUCAUCUAAUUGAGGAAACCCGUGUACUCAAUUCCGACUUUCCCUCCUUCACUCCAGAGGGCUACCAAGUCAUUUCCAGCUUGGGCAAUCUGAUUACUGAUAAAAUCAACCCGAAAUUCCCAAGCCGUGCUCUGGAGAUAUUGGAAAUUGCGAAUUAUGAAGCUGCGGCUUCGCAAGCUUUAGCAAUCGAGUCGAUGCUACCAGCUGAGGAUAUCAAGAUAUAUUGCUCCCCAUGUGCUUGUGCCAUUAGAACAGCACUAAGAAUAAGCAAAGAACGUUCGACAUUGCUUAUUGAGUACACUGUGAGGGUAGACGAGAGACUGCCACCCAGUUGUUGCUCAUACUCAACUCUCGUUGACGCUAUCUCAUCUCUACUGCGUAUAAUCCAACUCGCUGAGUCUGGUCAGCUGGGAAGAAUUGCAAAUGUCAUAGAUCAUAACCUGUUGAAAUAUCUAGAUAGGCAAUGGACCGAGAAAAUGUAG